AUGGCUUACUACCAAGGCGAUCCAUACGGCCGCCCGCCACCAGGUCCCCCAGGAGGUUACAACGCACCAUAUAACGCUCCACGACCACCUCCGGGCCCUCCACCCCCACUUCCUCAGGGCUGGGUUCAAGAAUGGGAGCCGAACAUGCGCCGCGUUUUCUGGAUCGAAGAAGCUACAGGUCGUACACAAUGGGAACCGCCUUUCGGCGGCCCUCCGCCUUCGGACCCGUACUACGGCGAUCGCGGUGCUCCCCCUCCUCCUGUUCAAGGUGGCUACUAUGCACCCCCACCUGGUCCUCCCCCACCCGGAGCUUACGACCAACGUGGUGGCUACGAUUAUCCCCAACAGCAAGAGGAAAAGUCUAAUACGGGCAAAUACCUCGCUGUUGGUGCUGGUGCUUUGGCUGUUGGUGCUAUUGGUGGUGCUUUUAUCGAGCAUGAGAUUGAUGAGAAUCAAGAAGAUGAUGAGCGUCGCGCUUAUGAGGAGGGUCGUGAGGAUCAAUAUGAGGAUGACGGCGGUUGGUAA